AUGGGCACCCUGAUGAAACAUCCAGGCUCAAAGUUUUCAGGGAUAUUGUCCAGGUCAGCUAGACAGUACAAAGAUGCACAGGGCCGCUUCUUCAUUGAUCGUCCAGGUACCUACUUUGGGCUUCUCUUGGACUACCUACGCACUGGGCAAGUGCCCACAGCAUAUGUUUCUGAGGUAUACCAAGAAGCUAAGUUCUACCAAAUCCAUCUUUUGGUCAAGAUUUUGGAAGAUAUGCCACAGAUCUUCAGUGAGCAAGUGUCUCGAAUGCAGUUCCUGAUGGGAGUGCCAAACUACAGAGAAAACCUGGAGGUCCUGUUGCACCUGGCUCAGGCAGGGGCGGUGGCGAUGUGCUCAUCAAAGGUGGUGGUGUGUGUGGUGCGCACGGAGGAGGAGGAUGCGAAGUGUGUGGAGCCAAUGCACAUCUUGGAGGCCAAAAAGACACCCAUUGUCAAAUUUGGGCCCUGGAAGGCAGGCCCUGUGACGGAGGACUUUGUAUACUGCCUGGAGAGGGACAUUAGAGCCAAGGGGUAUAAGGUGACCUCUCAGAGGUACCACCUGAGCAGGGAUCCCCACACGUGCUUCUAGAUAUUCGUCUUCACUUGGUGGUGAUCGCCAAGACUGGAGAGUGUUUGUUAGUGACUGUGGUGGGACUUGUGAAAUCAGUUGCCAUCAAAAUCCAUGUUCUAAAGCUGAGCCUGUAGUCCCAGAGCUUGGAAUGGGACAAGAAGGCUGCGCUGUGGGAGACCAGUCUUGCAUACAGACAGAAACCCUAUUGAAAUAGCCCAGGAGAAGUCAGGCUACCCUGUCUCCACACCUGCUCCAUUCUGGAACCACAUCCUACUUGAGAAAGUAGGGUUUCUCCCAUCUUCUAAGAAAUAAA